AUGAUGUCUACGGAAGAUGGGAGACUCUCGGUGCCUCCAGGAUUCCGGUUCCAUCCAACAGAUGAGGAGUUGCUAUACUACUAUCUACGGAAAAAGGUUUCCUGCGAGGCCAUUGAUCUUGAUGUAAUUAGAGAAGUGGAUCUCAACAAACUAGAACCAUGGGAUCUUAAAGAUAAGUGCAGCAUUGGUUCGGGUCCACAGAACGAAUGGUACUUCUUUAGCCACAAGGAUAAAAAGUAUCCUACUGGAACUAGGACAAACCGAGCUACGACUGCUGGAUUUUGGAAAGCAACUGGCAGGGACAAGGCCAUCCAUCUUCUUAGCAAUUCAAACAGAAUUGGGUUGCGGAAAACCCUUGUGUUUUACACGGGACGUGCCCCUCAUGGUCAGAAAACUGAGUGGAUCAUGCAUGAAUACCGCUUAGAUGAUCAGUUUUCGAAUGCUGCUGCACCAUCUGACGUCCAGGAAGAUGGUUGGGUUGUAUGUCGAGUGUUCAAGAAAAAGGACCUUAUCAAAAGCCCAUUUCAAGUUGGCGAUCAUCAUCAAGAUCAUACUCUUCAUGUUAAAGACGAUGACCAUCAGUUAGUUGAUAAAGAAUUGCACCUGCAAGCUGUGCAUAGCUAUGACCGCAACAUUACUACUAGUGCAACCUUAUUUGAUGGUUCCAUGCAUCUUCCUCAGCUUUUGGCUUCUCCACACGAGCAAACACCGUAUUAUCUAGCACCGGGUCAUGAUGGUAAUUUGGUCAAUACCAACUACAAUAAUGGGACUAGUAACAUGAUGAUCAGUGAUAUGGAUUGUUCAAGGAAUUUGUUGAGUUUAAUGUCAGUCAAUCGGUCUGGUUGUGAUUGCAGUAGUACUGUAUAUCAGUCACAAGACGAGCCACUAUUAGCUACCAGUAAUGUGGCUGCAGACUGGUCCUUCCUUGACAAGCUUCUAACUUCCAACCAACAUCACCCCGGCUUUACCCUUAAUCAUCACAAUCAUCAAGGCACGUCUAAUGAUCUUUCACAUUCCCAACCUUUUCGUCAUCCAGAAGUGAACCCCUCAUACCUUGGGUAUGAAAACGAUAUUUUGAAGUUCUCCAACUAG